AAGAAAGAGGGAGGGCAGUGAUUCAAAACAGAGCAAGUUGGACUGCUCGUGCAUAGCACACAAUAAAAGAAGAAGUGAAGAAUUUCUAAUUAAUGUGCAUAAACCCAAUGGGAGCUGUCAGAUAUUUCCAUACGAAGAAGGAAUACUUUUAGAUUUUAUGGGAGGCCCGGAGAACAUAUCAAGAUCAUGGAGAGCGUGAGCGCGCCCGCCGUGUACAACCACACAGAGCUAUCUGUCUCGCCUCCCGCCCCCCCGGCCUCUGUCUCGGACUACACCGAUGCCGAAACGGUCCUGCUGGGCAUCCUCAUGGCCCUGCUUGUGUCGGGCAUCGUCUUCGGCAACGUACUGGUGAUCACGGCCAUCGCGCGCUUCCAGCGGCUGCAGACCGUCACCAACCUGUUCAUCACCUCCCUGGCCUGCGCCGACCUGGUCAUGGGCCUGCUGGUGGUGCCGUUCGGCGCCUGCUACAUCCUCCUGGGCGCCUGGAAAUUCGGCGGCUUCCUGUGCGAGUUCUGGACAGCGGCGGACGUGCUGUGCGUGACGGCCAGCAUCGAGACGCUGUGCGUGAUCGCCCUGGACCGCUACCUGGCCAUCACGUCGCCGCUGCGCUACCCGUGCCUGCUGACCAAGCGCAAGGCGUGCGUGGUGCUGGCGGCGGUGUGGGGCGUGGCCGCCCUCAUCUCCUUCCUGCCCAUCCACAUGAAGUGGUGGGUGUCCAACGAGAUGGAGGCCAUCAACUGCCUGAAACGAGCAGACUGCUGCGACUUCAACACCAACACGGCCUACGGAGUGUCCUCCUCUGUCAUCUCCUUCUACAUCCCCUUGGCGGUCAUGGUGUUCGUCUACGGACGCGUCUUCCAGGAGGCCCGGAAGCAGCUGCGGAAGAUCCGCGGCAGCGAGGGCCGGUUCCACGCCCAGGCUGUCGACAACGGCCAGGGGCAGGGCGGCGGGGGCGGAGCCGGGGGCGUGGGGGACGGAGGGGGCGGGAUUGGCAGGAGGGCCAAGUUCUGUCUGAAGGAGCACAAAGCCCUGAAGACCCUGGGCAUCAUCAUGGGCACGUUUACCCUCUGCUGGCUGCCUUUCUUUGUGCUCAACGUGGUGGUGAACAUCUGGAAGGUGGACAACAUCAAGAUGCUGUUCAGGAUAUUGAACUGGAUAGGAUACGCCAACUCUGCCUUCAACCCGUUGAUAUACUGCCGGAGCCCUGAGUUCAGGUACGCGUUCCAGGAGAUUCUGUGCCUGAGGAGGGCUGCGUUCCCCACCAACGGAUACACGUACAGAGGACCAGGCAAGCUGGCUACCACAACCAAGGCCACAGUGGACAGCUGUUCCCGUGAGACCCGGAAUCUAGAGCUGAGCGUUUGCUCUCUGCCGAGCAUCGGCCACACGGACAUGGACAGCAAUAAGUCUUCUCUGGCCUCUGUUGUCUGAGGCGAAGGUGUUUUACUGAGGGGCCGGCCUUUCUCAUUCAGUCUUGGAAUGUUUUACUGAAUGCACUUGUUGCUCCUGUUUUACAACUAAUCUGUUUGACACAGUUAGGCAUUGAGGUACUUCCAGGUGACGUAGCAUGAGACAACUGAAAGGUCUGUGUAUUUUCACUGAAACACAAAGUCGACCGAAAUCCUUCGAUUUGCCAAAUGUGCGGACAAAAUAAUAGCAUUUGGACCCAUUACGUCCCCUGUUGACAUGCAUAGCCCUCCGAAACAAUUUUAAAUAGCUUUGGCCUGAGAUCCAAACCAAUAACUAAGCAAUAUACUACUCUGUAAUGUAAUCAAAUUGGGACAAUACUUGAUUACUUGUUAGCAUAUACAGGCAUAACGCGUGAAUUAGGCAUCAAGGGAAAUCACUUUCAAAAAUUCAGAGAGUUGUAUUAUUUAUGGAUCGAUACCAUAGAAGUAUCGAAGCAUUUUGUUAAGAACUCCAAAUCUUAUGCCUGUCUACGGCCCCGCAAACAUAAAUCAUGGUCUUCAACCAGCCAAAACACCUGCUGCUCAGUGUUCACUAGUUACGACAGCUUAUAAGGUCUCCCAUAUCUGUCGACUAGCAACUCUUAGAGCUACAGGGGCUUCAUGCAUGCAUUUUUUUGCUCAUCAAAAGAGUAAGAUAUCUGUAUUCUUAACGCUUACAAAAUGAUUUCUACUCCGAUAGGCUGUGUGGAUAGGGUCCCUGGUGAGCAGACAUGGGAUUGGAAAUCUACUUCCAUCUUUAAAUUGGAAUGUUACUUGACAUUUUUCUUAUGUUUGUCCCACUUAAUAUUGAACGAGGUAUUUGGGAAGCCUGUGGUUCGUGGACACGACUGUGUGUGUGUGAUUGUGUAUCUGUGCGCAGUUUAUCACCAGGGUUCAGGUACAAAGUUGGAUGGCACAUUUUUUUAACCACGCUGUUCUUUCAAUCUCCUUACAAUGGAGUUUGAAGAUCAAAUCCUUUUUUUUUUUUAUUAAAGUGAACAACGUUGUUGUCUGUAGCAGAACUGACUGCUCAUCAACGACUGAGGUCCAGAGAAGGAACUGGGGUAUAUACUGUAUGUUUCUGUGUCCAGCGAACUGUAACACAUUCCAGACUUAUCUGGGUCUCCCCAAGGGCCAGCCCAGGGCCUCCUGUCUGUCUGUCUGUCCCCCUUUUAUUUUACGUGAUUCUGAAAACUCCCACUGCCGUGGCCCAGAAAUAAUCCAACUGUUUGACGAGGGCUGGCAGGUGCAUAUCUUCACAGGCUAUUACAAGCUGCGCACACACACACACACACAGACACACACACACACACACACACACACACACAGACACACACACACACACA